AUGGAAACAACAAAUAGAGUAAGAAACGAGGACAAAAUCGAUACAAAUCUGUAUUCAAGACAGAUUGGAACGUUCGGUUUUGAAAUGAUGGGAAAACUGCAAAGGUUAAAGGUGCUGAUCAUAGGAAUGAAGGCAUCGGGAAUAGAAAUAGCCAAAAACUUAGCACUGAUGGGUGUGGAGUCAAUAAGUAUCCACGAUAACAAUGUGGUCCAAAAGAGAGACCUGGGUGUAAAUUAUUUCAUAAGAUCAAGCAGCGUAGGUAAAGAAACCGUUAGCGAAGCUUGCAUAUCAAACCUGAGAGAUUUAAAUCGUAAUGUACUAGUUCAAAACGUGAUUCAAGAACCAAACGAAGAACUUGUUGUAAAUCACGACGUGGUCGUGUGUUGUGAUCAGAAUGUAGAAUUAAUAAAAAGGUUAAACGAAAUGUGCCGAAAUAACUCGGCGAGGAAGCGAGUGGGAUUUAUAUGCUGCGACACGUACGGAAUGAUAGGAUCAGUGUUCGUGGACUUCGGAAACAAUUUCACGUGCCUAGACACUACAGGAAGAGAGUUAAAAACAGCAAUAAUAGAAUCAAUUUCAAACGACAAGGAUGGAUUGGUAACUGUUAUUACUGACAAGGUAAUAGACUUUCAAACGGGAGACUAUGUCCGAUUUUCGGAAAUUGAAGGAAUGGUGGAAUUGAAUAACAAGGAGCCGCUGCAAAUCAACGUAAACUCAAAGUCGUCCUUCACAAUCGGAGAUACGUCGAAGUACUCGCAAUACAUAAGCGGUGGAAUAGUGACUGAGGUUAAGAUCCCGAAAAGGAUAGACUUCAGAAGUUUCGAGGAGUGCGUGCUGGAGCCUUCGAAGACGGGAGCCCUGGCCACAAUAGACUACAGCCUCUUCGGAAGGGCGGAGCAGUUACACUGGGUGACCAUGGGAUACAGGAUGUCGAACAACGGGGAGGACGCGUGGGAGAGGGCGGAGUUCCUGAACAAGAACUCAAAGUCAUGUUCGCAGGAGAGGAUAGACAAGAAGGUGUACGACUCGUUCAUGUCGCAGCGCAACUACAAGGUGCCGCCCCUGGCAUCAUUUAUAGGUGCAGUAGGAGCCCACGAGGUGAUUAAAUUCACGGGUAAAUACCAUCCCAUUGAGCAGUGGCUGUACGUGGACUUUAGCCUGCCCUCGGAAAUGUUGUCCGGAGAUUUCAGCGGAAACGGAUUUGAUGAAAGGUACAAGGACCAGGUGUCACUUUGGGGCUCGGAAGUUCAGAACAGGAUACUUAAUUCAAAGAUAUUUGUGGUCGGAGCAGGAGCGCUGGGCUGCGAAUUCUUGAAAAACUUCGCACUCCUGGGAUGUAGUUCGCAGGGAGACGGGCUGCUUACGAUAACGGACAACGAUAGAAUCGAAGUGUCAAACAUAAGUAGGCAGUUCCUGUUCAGAUCAAAACAUGUUGGAAUGUCAAAGUCGAUGGUAGCAUGUAAAUCAGCACUGGAUAUAAACCCGAAUUUGAGAGUUAAGCCGUUGGAAAUAAGGGUGGGAGAGGAGACGGAGAAUUUAUUCGACGAAAACUUCUGGUCGUCACAAACAGUAAUAGUUAACGCAUUAGACAACAUACAGGCGAGAACGUAUGUUGAUGGGAGGUGUGUAUGGUACGAAAAGCCGCUGCUGGAGUCAGGAACGCUGGGAACCCUGGGAAACGUGCAGGUGAUACUGCCGCACAUCACACAGUGUUACUCGGAGACGCAGGACCCGCCAGAAACAGCAAUUCCACUGUGCACACUGAAGCAUUUCCCGUACGCACAGGAGCACGUGGUGGAGUGGGCACGAGACGCCUUUGUAGGAGUGUUCACACAAAUACCGCUGGACAUAAAGAAGAUACUUAACAGACAGGACCUGAAUGACUUGAACACAGAAAGAUUGGAGCUGAUACUGAGUGUGUUGAAGGCAAUGAGCUCGAACACAAAGCAAGAGUUGCUGAAAAUAUCAGCGGAGCUGUUCAACAACUUCUUCGUAAAUGAAAUAAGACAGCUGCUGCACUCAUUUCCACCAGAACACAUGAUGAGUGACGGUCAGAAGACGCUGAAGCUCUCGCAGGAUAAGCUGAACGUGGAGGUGCUGGAGGACGGGACGGACGCAUCGUUCAACGCACUGCUCAGCGAAAUCACGACGAUGCUGACCGACGACCUGGCGAAGAGCCCAGUGCGAGUGAACGUCAGCGGAGUGCUGGAGUCAGUGGAGUUCGAAAAGGACGACGAAACGAACUUCCACGUCGAGUUCGUAUGGGCAGCCUCAGUGCUGAGGUCGCGCAACUACGGAAUCAAGGAGUGCGACAAGAUGAAGGCGAAGCUGAUCAGCGGAAAGAUCAUCCCGGCAAUCGCGACGACGACGGCGAUGGUAGGGGGGCUGGUGACCGUCGAGUUCCUGAAGACGCUCUUCUACAAGAGCCUGAAGAUCGAGCACUUCAGAAACGCGUUCGCGUGCCUGGCCACGCCGAUCUGGUUGCAGUCGGAGCCGCUGCCGCCGACACCAACCAGAGACAAGGAGUAUGACCCGGUGACCUGCGGGCCCGUGCGCGCGCUGCCGAAAGACUUCACGAUAUGGAACAAGCUGCUCGUGAUGAUUCCCAACGGAACGGUGAAGCAGCUGAUCGACUGGAUACGGAGCAAGUUCAACAUCGAGGUGAUCAUCCUGUCUGCGGGGAACCUGUGCAUCUACAACUCGUUCCUGCCGCAGCACAGAAACGAGCGGCUAACGCAGCCAAUAACUCAGCUUGUGGAGAAGUUAGGGAAGAAGCCAAUACCGCCGAACCUGUCACACCUGGUAAUAGACGCCAGCUGUACAGACCCGGACGAAAUCGAUGUGGUCAUUCCAAGCAUAAAAUUUGAAUUUAGAUAA